GCCAAUCCCAAAUCGUACAAACUCCCGACUAUCCAAUCAGAAGCGGCUGCAGGCAGAUGCUGCAUCCGGAUCAAGUUGAACACACAGAGCAUCCUCCGCUGCAAAAACAUCCCUCUGAUACACAACAUUACAGAUGGGGCGCAGGAAGUCAAAGAGAAAGCCACCCCCCAAGAAAAAAAUGACGGGCAACCUGGACACUCAGUUCACCUGCCCGUUCUGUAACCACGAGAAAUCCUGCGAUGUCAAAAUGGAACGAACUCGAAACACAGGAAUAAUAUCGUGCAGCGUUUGCUUGGAGGAGUUCCAGACCCCUAUAACCUAUCUGUCCGAGCCAGUGGAUGUCUACAGUGAUUGGAUCGACGCCUGCGAAGCAGCCAAUCAAUAGUCACGUUUUCCUGUGACUCACCUCCUCUCUAACCUCACGCACAUUUCACCCCUUCCAUUGGUCCACUGAAUUAGGUCCUGUUCAGCUAGCACAAUGUAGCACGAUUUUCACAAACAGUAGAAGCAUCCUGUUUCUGGUGUUGGUGCAUGAAAGGCUUAGUUGAACUUUGCUUCAGCGGGGCUCACUGAGCAUGACACGUUCCUCUGGCUGGGCCAGGAGGUCACCACCUUGUUUUGUGUACAUCACAAUUCUCACUGUAAAAGUUUCAUAGGGCAGUGAUCAGCUUUUAAGUGUUUUGUUUUGUUUUUAGAGUAAAUUAUGAUGUUUUUUCCCCAGGGAUACACAAUAUAUAUUGACCUGAUAAAUGGCAAAUUUAUAUGAUUAGGUGUUAUUCUCAUUAUUCAAAUCAUAGCUGAUGAAUAGAGCCGAUAAUAUGAAGCCAAACUGCCAAAUGGCGGUAUGGAACUUCUUUUUAAAGUACUCAAAUGUGAGAUUAUCAGUUGUCUUAUCUGUAUGGGCCAUGACAAACAGGCAACUAUCAGUUGACUGCAUCAGCUGAAAAAUAUUUGUAUCGUGCAUCCCUAGUUGUCUCUUUGCCUUGUCAAAUUUGUCAUAUAAUUGAGUUAGAAAAGUUAUAUAUUUCCUCAAGUGUUAAACAUUCCAUGUCCAUUUCAUCCCUUUUGAUUAUGAAUGUUUAGGUUUAUUUAGAGUUGUAUUUAGUGUUUUUGACUUUGUUUUUUGUUUUUUUUAUCCCCGUUUCAAAUGCACUGAAAUAUUUUCUUGUUUGACAAUUUGAACUGCCAAAUCUUUUCCAAUUUUCUGUUUUGGGGACAGUAUUUGUAUUGUUCUGGUUUAGGGCUGCAACUAACAGUUAUUUUCAUUAUCGAUUAAUCUGCUGAUCGUUUUAAACAGUUGUGGAUUAAUCCAAAGCAACAUUUUCAAGUUCAAAUUGAUGUCUUCAGACCGCUUCUUCUGUCCAACCAGCAGUCCAAAACCAUUUACUGUCAUAAAUGACAAGGAAAAGCAGCAAAUCCGCACAUCUACAAAGUAGGAACCAGCAAAUGUUUUUAAUCGAUUUUCAAAAUAGCUUGCACUUAAUUUUUCUGUCAAUCAAAUAACCGUUGCAGCUCUAGAUUUGAUUAUUUUCCUUUUUUAGUCACAAUCUUGUAAAUUCUAUUACACUACUUCUGUGUAAUGCACAUCUUCUCUGUAUUUUUAGGUAAUGACAGUAAAGAGAAAAUCAAACCUGAA